AAUGCCUCCGAAUAUAAGAGCGAAUAGGAGCAAAGCGUAACUGUCUUUUGAGAAUUUGAACAGAAGCGUAGUCAGCAAGCAAGGUGGACUGCAAAAGUUACUUUCAAGUCGAGAAAGCCGUUUGUAAAGAUCAUCUAUAAUUUUGGUAAGUGAUCAGUCAUGUUCAUUUUGUUGGUGUGUGAAUGGAAGAGCUCUUUAGGUGCCGCGAGUUUAGUGGUUUGUUGAAAUCUGUGCUUUGCAUCCUGAAGAGUUUUUUAAAUGGUCACUUCCUAACGGCCAACGAAGAAUGUUUAUGUGAAUUACAUGGUAUAUUCGUGCUUCGAUCACAGUUCCCGGCUUCGAAAGUGAUGGAUCUUACCAAACAGAAACAGACUGUAGCCACAUCUCGCAGGUCGAUUGUGACACGCAGUCAGACUGCAGCAACUCAAAUUAAACCUGAUUUAGGGAAGUUUACGUUUUCUAAACGGAAAGCGGAAUCUCCUGUAAAAAUGUUAAACAAAAAAUCUGUUUUUAGAGACCUUACCAACAAAGAGGUUCCAGAUGAGCCAGUGUUUGGAAAAUUUCAUGAUGAUAAAUUGGCAUUGGCUACAAAGAAACUUGCGAAAACUAAAAUCAGUGAACCCAUCAAGCGUAACACGCAGACUUCCCGCAACAAAGUGACAAAGUUUGGUUCAAAACAAACCGAAUCUGUUAUAAGCUCUUACUUUCGCAUCACAAAACAGGCUCCUAAAGUAACGCAAGAGAUUCCCACUUUUAAGAAACAAGAGAUUGCCAAGGCGUCGACUCAAAUACACCAAAAGGUACUUCCUCCCCGGAAAUUAAAAGCUGAACCAGGAAAAGCUUCUCAAGAGAACAAAGUACCUGCUGUUGAAGUUAGAAAAGAACGUACCUCAACAUCAAGUGAUAGUGACAUAUCUCCUCUGUAUGUAACGGCUUUGGAGAAUCUUUCCAGUCUAUCUGAAGACCAAAAUACAUCUGUAGCUACUAGCCCGGCCUGGGAUCCAGCUGCACCUCCAAAGCGAGUCUUGCCACCUGGCGUUGUAGAUUUUGAUGCAGAAAACUGGUCUGAUCCACUACAAGUUUCCAAUUAUGCAACUGACAUCUUUGAAUAUUUCAAAGGCAUUGAGCCCAAGUUUUGUAUAAAAGAUUACAUGUUCCUCCAAAAAGACUUGACAUCGGGAAUGAGAACAGUGGUCGUGGAUUGGAUGGUUGAAUUGCAGGAAAACUUUGAAUUGAAUCAUGAAACCCUGUACCUUGCAGUAAAAAUUCUUGAUACAUACUUGUCAAAAGUUUUAGUAAAAAAGACCAUGCUUCAAUUGGUCGCUGCUGCAUCACUUUUUGUCGCUAGUAAAUAUGAUGAGAGAUUUCCCCCCAGUAUUGAGGAUCAUUUGUAUGUAUGUGAAGGAGCGUACACCAAAUCUCAACUGAUGGAAAUGGAAAUAAGUAUUCUUAAGCAUAUUGACUACAACCUGGGUUUUCCAAUCUCAUACAGAUUUCUCAGGAGAUAUGCAAGGUUUGCCCAAGUUAGUAUGCCCACUCUCACCCUGGCCCGCUACAUACUGGAAUAUUCCCUUAUGGACUACUCCUUCGUUUCUCAAUCUGACUCAAAGCUUGCUGCGGCAGCAUUACUUUUGGCUUUAAAAAUGAAAGGUACCCAUGAAUGGUCACCAAAUCUUCAGUAUGCAUCAGGAUAUGCUGUGGAGGACUUAAAAGAAAGCACGGAAAGGCUGAAUGCCAUGUUGCACAGGAUUGCACGUAGUGGUCUCAAACUAAAUUCCAUCAAAAAUAAAUAUUCUCACAAGAUCUUCUUUGAAGUUGCAAAGAUGCCUCUACUGGAAGAUCUUAGUUUCUCCUGAUUCAUCGACUUUGACAAAUGGAAAUUAUGACUCUAAUCACAUUCUACCUACUCAUAAAUUUUAUAUUUAGUUUUUUAAUGAAUUACUUUAGGCAUAUUUGAUAUGUAUUGUAUUCUACUAAAAUAAUAGCCAUAUUUUGUAGUUCUCCUUUACACUUCUAGUAACUGUACUUUUUAUAUAUAUUCUUAUGACUGACCUGUACAUAUUGGCCACAGUUACACACUAAUAAAAUAAUUUUAACAUUUAAAAUUUUUUUUCA